AACGUCUCCUCCUCUAUAUAACCGUAAUUAUAUUGUCGAAACUCGGAACGUGCCGGCUGUGCUCUAUUCUUACCUUACACACGUAAGAAUAUGAUAAAAUAAUAUUCUUGCAAUAUUUAUUGAUACAUUACUUUCAUCUUACGUCUCUGUAGAAUCUUCCGAUUAUUUCGGAGUGGAAAUUUGUUCUCUCGAGUUAUUAUGUACUAAGAGUUAAGAAUGGCAAAUAAAUUAGUAGAGCAAGUUUUGGAAUAUGUAGCGGAACACGGAGAGGCCAAUUCGUUAGAUUUGGUGGGAAAAAUUGACGAUGAUCAUCAGAAAAUCAUCGGGGCUAUCAAAAGUCUACAAACUCUACCAGAUGUCAUCACUGUUGAACAAACCAGUGGGAGAAAAUGGGAGCUAACGGAAGAAGGCCAACACGUUGUUGAAAAUGGAAGUCAUGAAGCUGUGCUUUACAAUGCUAUUCCUGAAGGCGGUAUCGUGCAGUCAGAAAUCAUGAAAAAAUUGCCGUAUGCCAAAGUCGGUUUAUCUAAAGCACUUCAGGCCAGUUGGGUCAAACUUUCUAAGAAAGAUGGUGCUCCUUUUCUCGAUAAAAAUAUUCCGUCCAUUGUGGAUACUACUCAAAUACACUUGAAGAACCUCGAUGAUGUUCCUGAUAACGUCAAAGCUGAAUAUAAGAAGAGAAAACUCCUGCAAGAAGUCGUAAUAAAAAGUUCAAUCGUAAGGAAAGGACCGAAUUUCAGUACGAAAAUCGAGAAACAAGAGGCUGAUUUGACCGCAGAUUUAUUAGUGAGUGGUGCAUGGAAGGAAAAGAAAUUCAAGCCCUAUAACUUUGAUGCUCUGGGCACUGCUCUUGAAGUUGGACAUUUACAUCCAUUGUUAAAAGUUCGUGCGGAAUUCAGGAAGAUUUUCCUGGAGAUGGGCUUCGCAGAAAUGCCAACAAAUAAUUUUGUGGAAAGCUCGUUCUGGAACUUUGACGCUCUUUUCCAGCCUCAGCAACAUCCGGCUCGCGAUGCACACGACACUUUCUUCAUUUCCAAGCCGAGAACCAGUGGCAAUUUUCCCAAAGAAUACAUGGAAAAGGUGAAAAAAGUCCACAGCGAAGGUGGCUAUGGAUCUCAGGGGUACAGAUACGACUGGAAAAUUGAAGAAGCCCAAAAAAAUUUAUUACGAACUCACACAACGGCCGUGAGCGCCCGAAUGCUUUAUAAGCUCAUGCAGAAAGGUGAAUUCAAACCUGUGAGAUACUUCAGUAUAGAUCGGGUAUUUCGUAACGAGACUCUAGACGCUACGCACCUUGCGGAAUUUCAUCAAGUAGAGGGUGUAAUCGCUGAUUAUAAUUUGACAUUGGGAGAUUUGAUCGGCACACUUUACGAAUUUUUCAAAAAGCUUGGUAUCGAACAGCUAGAAUUCAAACCAGCUUACAAUCCUUACACCGAGCCGAGCAUGGAAAUUUUUUGUUUCCAUAAUGGACUUGGAAAAUGGAUUGAAAUCGGAAAUAGUGGAAUGUUCCGACCGGAAAUGUUAUUACCAAUGGGUUUGCCGGAAAACGUCAAUGUUAUUGCUUGGGGUUUGUCUUUGGAACGGCCCACGAUGAUCAAAUACAACCUGAACAAUAUAAGAGAUCUGGUUGGUUCUAAAGUUGAUCUACAAAUGGUCUAUGACAAUCCCGUCUGUCGACUCGAAAAAAGCGGUCCGAGAAUUCCUUUACGAAAAAAAUUACAACAGUCAAUAAAAGAGUUGACCGAACCGUCAGGGAAACAAAAUAUUGUCAUAUUUUGCGAUCCAAAGUAUCCAAUGCAUUGUUUAGAAUCGCUGCUUGGAUUGGCACGAGACAAGCUAAAGCCACAUGUGAAGGUUUACAUUCAUUCUUCGGUGUUCGAGAAGAGCUCAAAAUUAGAACAUUUUUGCAAAGAAUUUCAAACGGGAGUUGAGAAUUCGGAAUUACAAAUAGAUUUUAUCUGGAAAUCCGUGGGGCUUGAUCCACUCGCGAGAUUGCCUGGAAAUUGUGAAAUUCAUGGUUUAAUAAACAUAGCGAGGUACUUGAAUCGUUUGUUUGAAGCUAAAAUUCCUGGAAUGUUGACGUACGAAAAAAAAGGUGCGAGUUAUGCGAGUAAAGUAGACUCAUUUCUGGAUAGUAUUCAUGGCAUUUUGCACGGAGUUGAUAAAGGUAGAUUAGAUGCUAUUAAUAAAAAUAAAAAAAAUCGUUAUAUCCUCGGAGACGAGAUAUCCCUCGCUGAUAUCAUAUGUCACUCCUAUGGACUAAAUUCGAACUAUCGAUGAGAAGGAAACAAAACAUUUACACAAUGAGGAUGAACGAUCUUGUGUACCAAUAAAAUAUAUUUUCACCCGAAUGUAAAACUUGAAUAAAAUAUUUAUUAUACAGGA